CGCGGAUGGAAACUUUGUAUCCGCCGAUAGAGAAGAAAGUGCGGAGAACGAUGCAUGAAGAGGAUGACAGCGCUGCCAACUCCAGCAGGAAUUCUCGGAUCCUGGCGACCAGGUCUCUGGACUUGGCUGACUGCGAUGGCACGAAGGAGCAGGCAGCCAAAUUAUGCGGAUACUUAAACAAACUGACUGGGAAGGGGCCGCUUAGAGGGUUCAAGACGCGCUGGUUUGUGUACGACCCUAGACAGUGUUACCUGUAUUAUUUCAAGACUCCUCAAGACGCCCUCCCGCUGGGGCACAUUGAGAUAGCAGAUGCGUGUUUUACAUAUGAUGUGGAGGCAGAAGAAGGGCUUUUUGAGAUCCGCACCGAGGGGAAGGAGUUUCUGCUUAAGGCACCCAGCAAGCAGAUGAUGCAUUACUGGCUGCAACAGUUGCAACAGAAGAGAUGGGAGUUCUGUAACAUGCCCGGUCACAGAGACAGCUGGUGCUCUCCCGCCCCCUGUUAUCCACACACGGGUCUCGUGGCCAAAGAUGCAGAAGCAACAUUUUUUGAGAAGCCAAACGAGACUAUGGAAAGUGUUCGGAGUGAUUUUGCCUUGGAGUUGGACAGUGAUGGACUGGUCGGGGUCCAGACUGCUCGUGGCCCUGUGGCUCCUCCCACAGCAGCUUUUAACUCUCUCAGACACUGGGGCUCUGAGCUCAGAAAUAGCAUGUCUCACCUUCGAGCCGGCCGGGGAGGAGAGAACAGACGCAGUGUUUUUUACACAGCCAGCAGUGAGGAGUGGGAGUUGGUGGAUUCUCCGGAGCACAAACCUCCACCUGACAACAGCCAGCGCAGGGGAAGUCCUUCACAUAAUCACAGAUACUCCAUUGGCUCAACAUUCACGUUUGAUUUCCGCAACCCCUCGCGAAUGAAGCGGCCCUUUCACGUGGGCUCCGGGAAAGCCAGCCGCAGCUCGGAGAGCUCACCGGUUGAAUGCAACGGAACCAAGACAUCCGAACUUCAGCUCCGCAUUCAGAGCCAACAGGAGGAGAUCAUCCGCUUGCAGGAGCAAGAGACCUGCCUCCAGGAGGAGCUCGCCAGUCAGAAGGAGCUGGUUCGUCUCCUCCAGCAAACGUUACGGAGCUCUCAAUGCGACUGGCGUUCAGCAGGCCAGUCAGGGAGCAUGGGGCCAGACAACAAUAACCAGAGCGAGGAGGCUAAAGCCCUGGGAGAGCGAGAAGGACAGAUCAAGGAUCUCUGCGGUCAUAUGGAGAGGCUGGCUUUGGAGAAGGAGAGUCUCCAGAAGGAGCUGAAAGGGUUGAAGAUUAAAGUGGGGGAGAUAAACGAGCGGCUCGGCAUGCUCAUGGAGACCAUUCAGGCAAAGGACGAAGUCAUCAUGAAACUUUCACAGCAGAGCGACGAAGGUGGAAACCCGUCUGGUGAAUGCAGCUCGCCUGGUGCCAGCAGAGAGAAACAAGAGCUGGACAUCCUGAAGGACAGUCUCCAAGGCUACAAAUCCCAGAAUAACUUCCUGAACAAAGAAAUCCUGGAGUUGACAGUCUUGCGACGAAAAGCUGAAGCUAGAGAGAAGAUUCUAGAAGUGAAGUAUACGAGUUUGGUGGCCAAGUUGUGUCAGGUGGAGAGUAAGUACCUGGUUCUACUGCAGGAAGUGAAGUCUCCUGUUUGCUCCGGGUCAGAACAGAGUCAUAGUGGAGAUGUCAUCUCUCGCUUACUGGAAGAAGCACUGCAGGUGGAGAGUACAGAUCAGCAGGAGCACACCAUCCUCAAACCCAAUGCCGUCAGUGAGUACGACAUUUAUGGCUUCAAGACGGUCCCAGAAGAGGAAGAUGACGAAGAAAAACUUGAAGCUAAAAAGAGAGCACUGGACCUAAGGUCCUUUUCCCUAACAGACCAGGAGACAUCGGUUCGAGUGAAGUGGGACAACUACCUGGCCAUCACCAUGAACAGAGAGAUGGUUCGAUCUCCAGACCUGAAGGCGCUGAUGCGAAGCGGCGUGCCUCAUAUCCACCGAUCCAAGGUGUGGACCUGGUGCGUAAACUUCCACGUAAAGAAGAUGCGUGACAGCCAGCCGAAGGAUUAUUAUCAGAACCUUCUGAGCAUGGCGAAUGAUAAACCCAACCCGGCCUGCAAGCAGAUCGAACUGGACCUCUUGCGUACACUUCCUAAUAAUAAGCAUUACGCCUCCCCUGACUUGGAGGGAAUCCAGAAACUCAGAAACGUCCUGCUGGCUUUUUCCUGGAGGAAUCCAGACAUUGGAUACUGCCAAGGCCUCAACAGACUGGCAGCCAUUACACUUCUGUACUUGGAUCAAGAAGACGCUUUCUGGUGUCUCGUUGCCAUUGUGGAGGUUUUCAUGCCACGCGACUAUUACACCAAAACACUGCUGGGCUCACAGGUAGAUCAGCGUGUGUUUAAGGACCUAAUGAAUGAGAAGUUACCCAGACUUCAUGCUCAUUUUGAGCAUUAUAAAGUGGAUUUCUCUCUCAUCACCUUUAACUGGUUCCUGGUGGUGUUUGUGGACAGCGUGGUCAGUGAUAUUCUUUUUAAGAUCUGGGAUGCUUUUCUUUAUGAAGGACCCAAGAUUAUAUUCAGAUUUGCUCUUGCACUCUUCAAGUACAAAGAAGAGGAAUUUUUAAAGCUCCAGGAUCCAAUGACCAUUUUUAAGUACCUCCGCUACUUCACGCAUUCCAUUUUGGAUGCAAGGAAGUUGAUGAGCAUCGCCUUUGUGGACAUGAAUCCCUUCCCACUGCGACAGAUCCAGAAUCGGCGUACAUUCCACCUGGAGAAAGUUCGUCUGGAACUCACCGAGCUGGAAGCUAUCCGCCAGACCUUCCUGCGGGAGAGAGACGCCACACUGGACGGCCGAACGCUCAUCAGUGACGAUGAGGAAGACAACUAAACCACAACCAAUAAGGGACCUGCGCAACUGGUGAACCAAUCAGAGAGUGCCUUAUACUUUUCCAUGUUCAGAUUUGACAGGAAAUCAACAUCAUAUAAUUGAUGUAUGACAGCUUUUCAAAAUGUGACUUUCAGGGACAAUAGAACAGUAUUGCUGUUUAUUCGUCAAUAUGUAUCUUUUAUAUUGUUUUGAAUUGCCUUACCAAUAUUCCAUCCAUUAGUACAUAUUGACCAAAAGCAGUAUUAUGGUAACUAAAGUAAUUGCAUUGAGCCAGUGAAGAUUCUGCUGGUGUGGUUCGGAGAAGUUUCUAAAUUUGUAGACUUUUACAGUAUGCUGGAUGAAAUAGAAAGGUGAACAGUCCUGUACACCAACAUUUCCUCUUUCAACAAGUCACUCUUUUAAAAAAUUCCUACCAUUGUUUGUUUACAUACUUUUGCUCAUUCUUAUAUCAACACUUCAUAUCGCCUUUUUAAUAGAGUCAUUUGAUAUAAAUUCAACUGGUACACGUAUGACAGAUGCAUGUUUACAAGGCCGGUCCUCUUCCUAUACAUUUGGUACUUUUAUUAAAAUCACUUUAUUUGUCAUUUUUACACACAAAUUCUCAAAUCAGGAAAUAAGAAAGAUUCUUUGAAAACUUCCUGUUGACAUUGGAUGUGAUUAAAAAUGACAAUUGAACAGGUUUUGCAAGCAUCGGUUUUUGUAUUUUUCUGUAUUUUCUGUAUUUAGAUUCUUCGAGAACAAUGCUCAUUUGCUGUUGUAUUGUUUUCAAAAUUGCGUUGCGGUAUAAUGCUUAGUUUUUAUAUUCUAACAUUAAAAUCUUUCAUAAUAGUUUAUAUAUACACAACAUAUGCUGCUCAAAAUGACCAUAAUGAUUUGGAAAAUAUUUAGCCAGAGUGUGUGAAAGUCGUUUGUUUGAGGGUGUCAAGCAUGUUGUUUUUAUGUUCCAUGUGUUACAUUUUCUUAAGGGCCCAAUUGAUGAGGGAUUGUUGAUUUCAGUAUCGGUCACACUUUUGUACUUUGUUCGUUUUUUUAUGUUGUAAUUUGCAUGUUUUAAAGACAUUUACUGUUGUUAUACAUGUGUAUGCUUGGAAAGACUUUAUUCUUCUUUACACGUCUUUUUACCUGUUGUAAUCUAUUCAUACACACAGAGUAACGGUUUUUGUAUUGGACUAAAUGCACAAUUUUUUCCUGCAUUUUAUAAUUUUGACUUUUUCAAGUAUAUGUUUUGAGACUUACUUAUAAGACUCUGAAAGAUAUACAAAUGAAUAAUUAAACAGAUUUUCUGUUCAAUAUCUGUGAGAGCUGGUCUCUUAUCAUUUUUUCUCAUAGGUUACUUGCACACCUUUCAAAGAUUGAAUUAUUGUAAGCCCAGCUAAACCCAACAUGCAUAAAUAAUAUUUGACAAAUUCGAGUUUCAACACAUCUCCACCAUUUAUUGUAUAAGCCAUGUAUUCCUUUUAGCUGUUAAUGUUUGUCUUAUAGCACAGAUUGUUUUCAAAGUCUUAUAGCACAGAUUGUUUUCAAUUUGUAUGUUGCUGUUGUUCAAUGCAAUGCAUUGCCCAGAUCUAUAUCUAACACAUUGCUGUGCACAAAUUAUUUUCAAUUAUUUGAAUGUUUCUGAAACGUUUACUUUGCAUGUAUCGAUACACAAAUAAUUGUUUAUGCAUGGAGUAUGUCAAAUAUUGACACUUUGUAUGCUUUGAAAAGUUAUUUGUUAAACUGUCUCUACAUGAACAAUGCUUGAGUUACAAAGGAUGCAUAAAAACAAAUCAUGCUACAGAACAAUGAGGCUAUGUGGGGCUUAUCGUCUCUUUAUUCCUUUCUGUUUUGUAAAGCUUUUGUAAUUAAAAGAUAAAAUCAUCCAUUUUUUAAGGUGUCCUUUUAUGUUCCGAAAUCCAUUUUAACUGCAAUGGACAUCGGAGAUAGAUCUUGCGGGUUAACAAAAUGUAACGCACGCACAUGCCCUCCAUGCGCAAGGGGGCGCCAAAACCACAGCUUGUCUUUCCUACAGUCCUAAAA